CCGGUGGAAAUAAAGAACGCUCGCGUUCUCACGUGACCAUUAUCCUCUAAUCCCGUUUGUCUUGGCCUGUUUGAUCAUCCUCCACAGGAGGGCGCAGUGACUCACUCUCCCCCCUCUACACUGUCCCAGUCUGGCGUACCAAAACAAAUCCUCCAUCCUUCCGUGCAAUGCGAUCCCACACCGCCUUCCGGCUGUUUUAGCAAGUUUGUGUGAGCCAGCCUCUGAGAGUGUUCAUAGGAAGACCGAAGUUAAUCCGGAGGUACAGACGUGAGGAAUGGUGUCCCGGUGUUAUUUAUGCAGGACAGAGCACCUAAAUUACGAGCGACUCACCGGUGUUGUGCCGAACAUUAAUCCGCGAUCGAACGGGCGCUCGUUCCGGUCUAACGUUAUCCUGUCCCGACGGACAAUACCGAGGUUUGGUUGAGCUCCGAUCCCAAACAGCUCUCACACAGGUGUCACAGACAGACUUACGGCUGUUUGAAGUUGACGAAAAGAGUCUGGCUCCGCCUCCUCUCCGUAUGAUAUGACAUCACUCUGCGGUUACCACAGAAACCAGGGCUCCACUGCAGACGGUUGACAGCCAAGCAGGUGGCAAAAUGUCUGCCCAGGUUGAGGUUGAUGCUGGGCGCCCAUGUGUGGUUGGGAGUCGUCUGCACCUUAGCCCUCUCAUAGACUCUAGCAAUAAGAGCUUGGUGGAAAGUUCAGAUGGCACCCAGGGGCAAAUUAUUAUUCCCUCAGAGCCUAACAAACCUGUUCCAGGCCCCAAGCCCAGACUCACCCCAAAACCUUUCACGGUGGAGAAAAAUCCUGCUUUACGCUCCAUUUUUGCUCCAAAAACACAUCCAAAACCAAAACCUGAAUCCAGUCAACCAGUUUCCUCCAAACCAGUCCUGUCUAGCACACCUAAACCACAGCCAGCCAGUAAACCCAGUCUACCAACUGCCUUUAAAACAGGACCGAAGCCCAGCGGACAAACAAACAAACCUGUAGCACAACCCUUUAAACCAGCACCUACCAUCAACUCUACUGAUUCCAACAAAUUAAGAACAACCCAAACUAGGGACGUGCCGAGAAGAACAAUCGUUGGAGCCACACCAGCUCGACCCAAAACCGUUGGUCAGGCCUCCACUCCUGGUGCUGAAUGGCCUUUUGCUCCUCGGAAAAAACAACCCAGCCCUUCAAUCACUCGUGCUAAAUCAAUGGGCUUCCUAUCAGAGGUCGGACUGAAUGAUGAGGACAGUAAGGAGGAUUCAGGUGCCAAGGCUGAGAGUUCUCCAACUGUUCUUCGCCCCCAAUCUAAAGGUUCAAGACCCAGACCGGUUUCAGCUGUGUUCCUCCAAAACCCCACUAAGUCCGAGUCUCAGGUUGUGCCCCCUACACCUGCUCCUCGUUGGACAAAGGGACGACCCCUUUCAUCUGACCUUACCUCAAAGUUUGAGUCAAUUGGGCUGUCCCUAAACCGGCGACCUGCCAAGGAGGAUGGCAAAGAAAACACUCCUCAAAAGCCAGAGGGUGCUGUAGCUGAGACUCAAGCGAAAGAACAGGGUGCUGAAAAGGCAGAAGGGCCAAAUAAGCCCCCUGUGGUUGAGAAAAGGACUCAACAGAUUGAAUCGAAAGAUGAGGACUCAAAGAAAGACUCUAAACCUGAGGAUACAGGAAGUAGCAGUAUAAAGAGACGCAUCAGCCUGCUCUUGGACUCUUCUUCCUCCUCCUCCUCAGUGGCACGUGUGGAUACUCCAGGGACUGAGCCUCUUUCACCGGGGCUGUCUGUCUCUGAUACUGAUGGAGCGGUGGGGGUGAAACAGCGAAUCAAAGAACUGACCGAAGAAGUGCCUACUGCGCUGUCACCACCCCAGAAGCCACAAUGUAAGCCACGUAACCUAGUAUCUGGACGCGCUAAAAGAUUUGAGGCAGAGCCUGAAAGCCAUAGUUCCUAUGAGCUCAAAAGCCCCCAGCAGGCUGAAGAAGAUCUCAGCAAAAAGUUUGAUUUCUCCACGAGUGAAGGGAAGUUCACCAAACAGGAGGAGAGGAAAGCACCAUCACUGGGUGUUCAAGACUUGCCUACCAGUUUUGAAAGUGAUGGAGUGCAAACAGUACGAGCGUCUAUGUUUGACCAUGUGGUGGAGAGGCAUAAUGUUCAAAUGAUGGAGGAUAACAUUUCACAAGAGCCAAGAGCACAGCAGGAAAGCACAAUUAAACCCAUGCCAAGACGAAACCACUCUUUGCGUAUUCAAGAUAACACCUUUAAAGCUCUUGAAGAUUAUGAUUCUGGUAGUUUGGUCAAAGCAACCUAUAGAGAACAGGUCUCUCCUUCCAGCCCUGUACGUGCGGACCAUGUAUUUGACACUGUGGCUGUGUUUGGAGAGAGCCAUGCUUUUAGUGAAGUUUUGCCAACCGCUUCGCUUGAGGACAGAGCUCUCACACUGCGUUCUAAGCGAUCAGUUCCUCCACGUAAAGAGGACAGACCUACUCAUGAGAUAAGUAACCCGCUAAAAGAUGACACAGCCACUCCACGUUACCUCAGAGUUGGGGCAUUACACAAAUUGACUACCACAGAGGCAGACAGAGAGAUUGAAUCUCAGAGGGAGCAACAGAGAGAGAUGUUGAGAAAGAUGGAAGAAGAGAUACAGAGACAGACGGAAUUGCACAUGGCUGCAGCAGCAGCAUUGGAGGAAGAGGAGGAAGAUAGUGAAGCAGAAAUGAAGAAACCGUUAGAAACACAAAGAGACGGAGAAAGGGAACGAGAGGAAGUUGCAGCACCCAAACGGCCUAAGAUGUUAGAAGCAGAAGAACAAAUGAACAAACCUAGAGCCACUUACUUUGCUCUGACUGGUCAGAUUCAAGAGCCUGUGCAUCAAGGUGAAAGAGUGGAUGAGGAAGCAAUCUUAGGGAGAGUUAAACGAAGUAUGGUGGGUGGAGAGGACAGAGGGAUGAAGGAGGUUCCAUUUGAUGAUUUCACUGUUAGAUUAGGGCAGUGGGGUCCUCAGAAUCCAGUUGCUUCAUUCAGAAGAAAUCCUUCAUUGGAAGCUGCAAUGCAGAGAGAUUUGCAAGAGGAACAGCAUAAAAAGGACACUGGACUAAGAACAGAUCACAUAUUACAAGAAAGGGAACGGCAAAAAACAGACAGGGAUGAGUUGGAAAAAGAGAGACAAAGAAAAGAGUUUGAAAAGGUGAUGAAACUGAGAGAUUUGGAGAUAAAGAAACAAAAAAUUGAAAGGGAGAAAAGGAGAGAAGUUGAGAAACAGAAAGAGAAAGAGAGACAAAAAGAGUUGGAAAGACAGAGGGAGUUGGAGAGACAAAGGGAAAUUGAACAACAGAGACGAGAAAAGGAGCGACAGAAACAAAUUGAAUAUGAGCGAAUGAAGGCUGCAGAAAAAGAACUAGAUCAGCAGAGGGAGUUGGAGAGACAAAGGGAAAUUGAACAACAGAGACGAGAAAAGGAGCGACAGAAACAAAUUGAAUAUGAGCGAAUGAAGGCUGCAGAAAAAGAACUAGAUCAGCAGAGAGAGUUUGAGAGGCAACGACAAAAAGAGUUUGAGCGAGAGAAAGAGAGAAUGCUCGAACAAGAGAUGCUGAAGAUUCGAGAAUUUGAAAAACAGAAGGAGAUGCUGGAGCUUGAGAGACAAAGGGAAAUUGAAAGGCGAAAGCACAGAGAACUUGAAAAACAAAGAGAAAUGGAGAGGCUUAAGGAGUUCGAAAGACAGCGAGAUUUGGAGAGGCAGCGAGAGUUGGAGAAACAGAAAGAGCAAGAGAGGGAAAGACAGAGAUGGUUGGAAAGGCAGAAAGAAUUGGACAGGCAAAGGGAACUUGAGAGGCAACAAGAGUUGGAGAGACAACAGGAAAUUGAAAGACAGAGGGAGACUGAAAGGCAGAAAGAACUUGAAAGACAGAAGCAGAGAGAGCUUGAGAUUGAGAUAUGGAAGCGGCAGAGAGUAGAGGAGAGAGAGGCUAAAAAAGAGCUUGAAGAACUUGAGAGGAUCAAGGAGCUAGAGAGACGACAGCUUCUUGAUUUUGAGUUGCAGAGACAGCGGGAAAGACAACUCCAGCAAGAGCAAGUGAAACAGAGAUCAAAAAAAGAGCGAGAAGAGAGACAACAGAACCCUGAAAGGCAGAGAGGAGCAGAACGACAUCGGAUGGAGACUGAGCAAGAGAAGUCUAUACCUACAUCUCCACUUCGGCCUAAAGUUCUUGAUCUGGAUGCAAUGUCCCUUGGUUUUAGGAGUGGUCGAGACAGCCAUGAGAAUAGCCCCACAGCUCGAUGGAAGCAGCCCUCAUUUCUUCCUGCUGAGCUUUACAAACCUGCCAUCUUAGACAUUGAUUCAUUCAGGAGUCAAACCCAACCUGAUUCCUUCCCUUUAACUGGAUUUGCAGGUUUGGAGUCAGGAGGUGUUGGUUCAGUGAUUCAAGCUCGCCCACAGGCCACACAGCCAAAUGUUCUCAAACCCCAAACACCAUCCCAAUUUCAGUCUCCUCCUCAGUCCCAGUUUCACCCUCAGUCCCAGGCUUUCUUCCAGCCCCCCCCUGCAGAACGUAUGAGAACUCAACUCCCGCCACCUCUGCAACCUCAAAUUCUGCAUCAAACCCAACCUCAUUCACAGCCCUCUGCUACAGAAAGACCUAAGCCACAAACCCACUCAUUGAUUGAGACCUCAGAUUGGGCCUUUGUGGCUCAGCAGCCCAUCUCAGCUUUGCCCCAUGGGCAAACUAAUGCUUGGGGACAUACUCAAGCAGAGCUGGCUGUAGAUGAGCCCCUUUGGGUACAAGCCAUGGGAGGAUCCAGAAGACCAAUUAGCACCAGACCUGGUGGCCUUGAUCAACAACUCUUGCGUCAUGAGGAUAGAGGUUUAAGUAACGUUUUGACACCCAGUUCAACCUCUUCCAUGAGUCCAGUCUCUAUUCCUGUACAGCAUCCCACUCUUGCACCAUCCAUGGUUCCAAUUCAAACACCUGUGUCGACUGCCCAACCAGGUUUUGGACCCUCUGUAGCCCCUACAAUGACCCCAGAGAGACGCUGGACCUCAGCACCUUUGAAUGUAGGGUCAAGUGGAGCUUUGGUUUCUUCUCCCAAAACGCCAGUAGCUAAGAAAGAGACUCCUGUACCCACUAGUCACGUUGCAAAUAUCUCUGUCACCGAUCCUAUGUGGAGCCCAAACUGGGAGCUGGCAUCUCAGGGACAGAGAGAGAACCGAGCCUCACACAGGGACAAAAUACAACAGAAACGUUCAAGGAGUAUGAGUCGAAGAUCGGCCCCCACAGAAAGCUCUGCUGAUGGCCCACUUCCCCAUGUAAGAACUCGCAGAAGUCGGAGUGCACACAAAGAAAGAAGUGGAGAGAGCUCGGAGCUGGUAAAACAAUGUGUUAGUGGACAGGAGGACAAUAAAGACACAGACAAUCUGGUGCAGGAGACCGACAGUCAGUACAGCACAUGGGAGACUGGACUUCGCACUGAUGACAGCCUCACUCCAGCUACACCUUCAUCUGAUGACAACCUCAGCCCGUCUCCGCAGAAGCCCAGCCCACCUCACACAGCUGAACAGCUCCUUCUCAUCGACACGCCAGAUGGAUCGACAUCAUCUCCUCAAAAGCAGCCCGAGCUCCCAUUCCCAGAGACCCACACGACACUGUUAGACUCCAGUGCACUGCGUGCCAGAGUCAGUCUGAACAAGAUGAGCACUCGCAGAGCCCCGCCCUCUCGAGUCGCCCGUCACAGCGCCCUCUUAUCACAAGUACCCGAGGGAACCGGAGCAGAUGAUGAAUGGCGCUACAAGGACUCAACAGAGAAGAAGACAGACUCCCCUAAGCAGGAUGAAGACUCGGACUCUGAGGAGCAGGCCAAGGAAAUCGGAUCCCGGACUUCCUCCAUGUCUCAGCCUCAGAGAGUGGCGCUCUUCCCUGGCAUGGACCCGUCUGCUCUAAAGGCUCAUCUAAAGAAGAGAGGCGAUUCAGACAAUCAGACAGACGGCCCGACACCCCCUCAGCUCUCACGCCCCCCCAAAUCUCCAUUCUUGCCUCGAGCCUCCCGUGUGCUGCCUCCUGCUGGCGGCAAAGAGAAUGUAGAAGAGUCCUCUCCUCAGUGGCUGAAAGAACUUAAGACUAAAAAACGCUUGAGUCAGUAUGAAAACGACGGUACAGCCUGAACACGCAGGAUGCCUUAUAACUGCAGUAUCUGUAGCUGUAACUCGCGACAGAAGCCUUAACCUUUGACCUGGAUUUGACGGGAAUUCUGCUGCUGCUGCUGACUACGAAAUAAUUUUGUUUCAUUCGUUUUUCUGGUCUUCUUCUUCAGUCGUAUACAUGUGCAUGGUGCCUUUCUAAAAGAUUUCUGACUUACAUUAAGAGCGAAGCAGAGAUCUGUGUGUAAAGCGUGUGUCCACGUAUGUAUUGUCGAGUUUCUCUUCAGCUCUUCGUCAUACGAGAGAGAAUUAUUUUUGCAUAGAGCCACUUUAACCUCUAGCGAGCGAGAGAUCAUUCUUUAUAGUUCAACUGUGGGUCCAGGCGCACCUACAAGUAACCAGAAGUGCUUCAUAUAACUGGAGUAUGAUGUUGGUUUAUUUUUACCCUUUUAUGUUCAUAGUACUACAGCUUCAGUGCUAUUAUUUGUUUGUUUGUUUGUCAUAUUCCCAUUGAUUUUGUGCAGUGGAUGGUUAUAGGCAUCAACUGCACAUGCAUUAUAGAUGAUCACAAUUUAUUUUUAAUCUUUAAUAGUCGACAAAUCAAUGCUGAGCUGUCUGUAUAGAUAGUGUAUCUAGUCAUGACAAAAUGUUAAUCACAGAAUGUUAUAUGUGUAUUAAUGUCGGUUCGAAAGGAAUGUGGUAAAUGUUUAAUGAUCAAAAAUGAGUUCAAGUUCAUUUACGGCCCUGUAUGUGUGUUGAUGUGUGUGUGGAAACCUGUCUGGUUGGGCCACUGAAUGAAUUUGUUUGCACAUGUCUCCUAAUAACCUUCUAUUUUUUUUAGAUUUGAGACAUUCAGACCUGCAUAGUUCUGUAUGCUGCCUCCGUUUGUCUAGCUUUCUAGCUGUUUGAAUCCAUAAUAUCAUGAUUGACAAAAUUGCGCAUGUACAAUCAGUAUACAUUCUCUUUAUUUCACUUUUUUGUUCUUUCUUUUUAUCACAAUUCUUUACUUGCUUUAACCGUGGGCCAAAAAUGAUGAUAGGAAAUUGCGCAAUCAGCGUAUAAAUCUCUUUUUUUCUGCCCUUACAAGAAAAUAUUGAAUGAAUACAGAAGGGAAAACUUUUAAUUUGUUUUCCUCACUUUAGGUUACACACAUCUCGAGUUUGUUUUCUUUUGUUUACUAGUUUGCUUGAGGGAAAUUUGAGAUGUCAAAGUACUGUAAACAUCGUUCACCUUGCAUUGCAAACAUGUUGUAAACGUAUUUUUGAAAAAAAAAAAAAGAGAGAAAAAAGCGCUGGGCCGUUGUGCCACUCCCACAUAACAAGCACUUUUCACCUGAUAAUGACCAGCGGCUCUAAGCAGUAGUCACUUUUGUACCACAUGAGUCUUCACGCGUGAUAUCAAUGUUGUGAUGCUGACGUAUGUGAGUAAUAUGUCCUAUGGUUCUUUUUUUAUUUUAUUAUCAGCUUCUUUUCAUUGUCUGACUAUACAGUUGUUAUAGUGCGUUUAAGGGUAAUUUGUCCUUUUUAUUUUAAAUCCGACUGUAAAGAUGUUUAUUGCACUGUUGUAAUGCCAGUGUCCAAUACUGUAAAUUCAUAAUAAAAUUUGCUAUAAAUAUA